GCUUCCUCCUGGCAGCCCUUCCCUUCCCUUGCAAAGAAGGCACUCCUGCUGCUGCAAGCCAGGCUCACAGAUGGCCUCAGCAAACGAUACCCGGCAGACACCCAAGGAUGCUGCUGACCAGAACUUUGACUACAUGUUUAAGCUGCUGAUCAUCGGCAACAGCAGCGUAGGCAAGACAUCAUUCCUGUUCCGAUACGCAGAUGACUCCUUCACGUCAGCUUUUGUUAGCACUGUGGGCAUUGACUUCAAGGUCAAGACUGUCUACAGGAAUGAAAAAAGAGUCAAGCUGCAGAUUUGGGACACAGCUGGCCAAGAACGAUAUCGGACUAUAACAACAGCCUAUUACAGGGGAGCCAUGGGUUUCUUGCUCAUGUAUGAUAUUUCCAACCAGGAGUCUUUCAGUGCUGUACAAGACUGGGCAACUCAGAUCAAGACUUAUUCCUGGGACAAUGCUCAAGUGAUCCUUGUUGGGAACAAGUGUGACUUAGAGGAUGACCGAGUGAUACCCACCGAAGAUGGGAAGAGGCUGGCUGAUGAACUAGGUUUUGAAUUCUUUGAGGCCAGUGCCAAGGACAACAUCAAUGUCAAGCAGGUCUUUGAGCGCUUAGUGGAUAUCAUCUGUGAGAAGAUGAAUGAGAGCCUAGAUCCCAACCCAGGCAUGACCAACAACAACCACAAGAACACGGCACUGAAUGAAGCCCCAGCUUCACAAUCCAGCAGUUGUUCUUGCUAGACAGGACUUUGCUCACCCCAUUGGACUCUGCAGCUCUCUCCUCCUUGUCCCACUCAAAUAGGUAGGAAGGCACAGCGGUUGCCCAUCUUUUCAUCCAAUGGCUGGUUGGCCGAUUUGCCCUGUGUGCCUCUGCCUGGUCUCUGACAGCAUGUGCCAGUUGCCUGGUGUCCCUUUUUGUCCCCUUGCAGCAUGAUUGGUCUUUUCUAGCUUAUGAGCAUGAUUUUUGACAUACUUGCAUUCAUACUCCAUGGUCCAACAUAACUUGCAACCCAAGUGAUUUAGAGCCAGCUCUGCGUCAGCAGUGGCCUUUGUCUCAACUUUCUUGCAGGGCCCUCAUGGAACUAUGGCCAUUUGCAGUUCCGAAUGUCUAGCUUUUUUUUACUUGACAGUUCAGUGACUGCAAAGCUGGCAUUCUCUUUCUGCCAACUGCAACCUUCUAUGAGUUUCUCCACUGUUAAAACAAUAAUAAAUCCCAGUGGUAGUUUCAUGAUAAGUAUCCUCGUUCUCUAACGCUGAGUGGGAGUGAAAUACAGCUGGACUGUUGGUAGGCUGACAGAGAGGCCUGUUCUCUUUGUUAUUGUUAGCUGCCAUCUUUAGAAAGGUAUAUAGCGGGAUGGAUGCUGCUCUCAUAGAAAAUGCAGUUUUCACCCCUUGGGUAUACAGCUCAGACUAAUGAGAGAACUGGGCACUGCUUCUUCCUUGGGUCCUCUCCAUUGGAUAAUGUGAGAGGUUACUCCUUUAUACAUUUACCCCAUCUGAUUCUCUGUUUCAGGCUUUGCCACUGUGGUUUGGGAUCUCAUCCAGUAGUGUAGUGAAACCAAGGCUUGCUCUAGGACAUUUUGUUUAGCAGGGACAAAGACACCAUCUCCAUCUUAUCUUCAGACUUUCUGGUUCCCUCUUUAACUGUAGUCUUCAAAGCAGCUGGAUGAUGGAUUUUUCUAGCAAUUAUAUAUUGCUAUGAGCUAUCUCCAUCAUAAUGUAAAGUGUAUUUGGAUGGCUUGGUCUUAAGUAGGCAAUGAAGAUCCAUUAAAUUUUACAAAUGAUUUGCUUCUUAUGGAGAUGAAAACUGUUAGAAUUGGUUUGUUGAUAGAGAUCAACCUCACUGCCGGCCUUCUUUAGACUCUUUAGAAACUCAUGGGCUAUGUGAACUUCCUUGAUGAGAAGCCUGGCUUUCAAAAUUCACUACUACAUCACUAAUUCCAGCCUAUGGGAAUGGCAGUUGUGUUGAAGUGAUGCAUGUAAACUUGGCUGACAAUUUCUGAAUGACAUGAUUUUAGGCUUUGGGCUUGGCCACCUUAGGACAGUAAAAGUUUAGGUAAUAAGACAUGGAAUCUUGAAACACAUCGCCCCUUUUGAAACCUCUUCUCUAAACUUCUUAAUAUUAGUUUUUGAUGUACUUGAUUGCCUAUUCACAAAAUGAUCUGCCAUUGAGGAUUAAUAUCAGAAACGUAUCUGCUGUGAUCCUUCAUUAGAUAAUAUAAUUUAUUUCAUGUAUUGAUUUUAUGUCUGACUUCCACCUUGAGUUUAUAUGAAUACAUUUGGGACAGCUUGGAUAAUUUCUGUUGAUUUGUCCUGCUGGAUUGUAAGAAGUUUUAGAUGUCAUUUUGUGGAGCAGAAAGAUUCUAAAAUAAAGUACAUUUUCAAAUAA